AUGGCGUUGGUGGUGGAGUACGACGGCACCGACUAUGCCGGCUUUCAGUGGCAAUCCAGUGCGCCCACUAUCCAGAGCGAGUUGGAAAAGGCCAUCGGAAAGCUGACCGGAGAGACCGUACGCGUUGGAGGCGCCAGCCGCACCGACGCGGGAGCCCAUUCUCGGGGGCAGGUAGUUCAUUUCGAUACCACAAGCAUUUAUGACCCCUCGGUAUUCCAAUCGGCUUUGAACCACUAUUUACCACCUGCUGUUCGAAUCCAAACAGUCGCCCAGGUUCCCAACGAGUUCAACGCCCGCCGCAGCGCCGCUCGCCGCUCGUAUCGCUACAGUAUCUCCAACCGGCCAACGAAAUCACCAUUACUGCGACGAACGCACCAUUGGGUACGCGAACCAUUGGAUACACGGGCGAUCAGGCUGGCUUGCACGAGCCUCCUCGGCAUACGCGACUUUCGCCAGAUUGUCACCACACAUCCGAAAGACCAGAGCGCAGUGCGAUGGGUUUACAAGUGGGACAUGAUCGCCGAUACAGCCGAUCCGGACGGAGUCUAUAUCGAUUGCGAAGCUAACGGAUUUUUGAGGCACCAAAUCAGAAAAAUCAAUGCGGUACUGGUAGAGAUUGGCAAGGGACGCCAGCCGAUUCAUGCCAUGGCCGACGCACUAGCCGGACGAUUCAGUUCCAACCGACAAAUUCCCACCCUUCCCGCUCACGGACUUUGUCUCAUGUCCGUUCACUACCCCGAAUUCGAUCAAAUGUUGAAGACUGGCGAGCUGCCUGACAACUGGCGGGUCAUCGACGCUACCGGGAUCAGCCUGGGCAGGCUCGCUCGACAAGUCGCCAUCGCACUGUUGGGCAAGGACCGGCCAACGUACACUCCCCAUGUCAUCAGCGGCGACCAUGUGGUUGUUAUCAACGCCGAUAAUCUGCGAGUCACUGGACGUAAACUCACGCAGAAGAUGUACUACCGGCACAGUGGUUACGUGGGCAAUCUUAAGACAUUCAUGUUGCGCGACAUGAUGGCAGAGCACCCGGAUCGCGUCGUUCGCCUCGCCGUAAAAGGCAUGCUUCCUUCCACUAAACAAGGGCGCCAUCUGCUUCGCCGGUUGCGCGUGUACGCCGGAGAUCAGCAUCCCCACGAAGCCCAGGUAGGCACCGAAACCUAA